AUGGCUCAGAUGAGGAAGCUGGCCUGUGAUGGCAUCAGGACCAACUCCCGGGGGGGCGACGCCACGGCCCCGCUGGUGUCCGCCCGACAGGAGAUCCUCACCAGCCUGGUGUCCGCCCUCGACUCAGUGUGCAUGGCGAUGUCUAAACUCAACGCUGAGGUGGCGUGUGUCACCGUACACGAAGACAGCGUGAUUGCAGUCGGCACGGAAAAGGGCCGAGUGUUCCUCAACUCCAGGAGGGAGAUCCAAACAGACUUCUACAAGUUCUGCCGGGGGCCCUGUCUGCAGAAUGUCCCCUCAGCUAACGCACAUACCAAAGAGCAGGAAGUAGAUCUGAGCAAAGUGAGUAAGGACGGAGAUCACGGGAAACCCAGAGCUCCGUCAGAAGCUCAGUCCAACAUCUUCGUUCUGAGGAAGAUGGUGGAGGAAGUCUUCACCGUUCUCUACAGUGAAGCCGUGGGGAAGAGCAGCCUGGUCCCUGUGCCUUAUGAGCGGAUCCUGAAGGACCCCGGCUGUGUGUUGGCCCACGGUCUGCCUGAGGGGGCCUCGCUGAAGAAGCCCUCUGAGUACGACACCAAGACCCUGAUGAAGAUCCUGGAGCAGAGCCACCGCAUCCAGCCAGCAGAAGAUUUGUCUCGAGAAGCCAAGUCCAGCACUGACGUUAAUCACAACUGCACGGCCCCUCUGACCCCAGGGAGCCAUGGCUCGGGGAAGACGUCAUCACAGGGGGUCUCCUCUCCGAGCCCCGCCUCCUCCAGCAACUCUGUGCUGUCCAACUUCCUGUACGGCAUGCCCAUGUCCUCCAAACCUCACCCCGAUGGGAAGCUGGACUUCAAACCCAUGUCCCUCCUCAACCUGGGGACAGACCGGCUGAACAACUGGACCGCAGGGGCGGACAAGAUGGCGUUGGGUGAAGAGAGUUUAAUGGCCACUGAGAGGAAAGACCUCCUGUGGCGCUCCGUGGUGGUCUUCGGUGGUCUCAGACUGAGACGGUAA